AACUUUCUGUCUUCUCAGUCUUUUAACAUUCAAGUUUCUUCUGUGGACUUUUCUUCGUUCGUUUACUCAUUCAAUUAUCUCUCUCUCUCCACCUCUCUCUGUCAUGGUUUUACCUAUUGCACAAAGGAUAGGGGGGUUUUAUUUAUUUUAUGGUGUAGGAGACAUUUCACAUGCUAAAUUACAGUAGGAACCGAGCUCAUUCAAAACCAAACCGAUCUUUCUCACUUGAAGCCAUGGAUCUUGCUGACUCAAGACGUAAGAGCAAUGUUACGGGAAAAGUUCUUAUGGCUAUUUCCCUCAUUACUCUCUGUAUUAUCAUUCUCAAGCGGUCACCAAACUUUAGCAGCCCCAGCCCGUUCUCCCACCGUCAGCCCGGCGUAACACACGUCUUAGUAACUGGAGGUGCUGGCUACAUAGGUUCUCAUGCUGCCCUUCGGCUUUUGAAGGAUUCACACCGUGUAACUAUAGUGGACAAUCUUUCUCGAGGAAACCUAGGUGCUGUAAAGGUUCUCCAACAGCUAUUUCCGGACCCUGCACAACUACAGUUCAUUUAUGCUGACCUUGGGGAUGCAAAAGCUGUUAACAAAAUAUUUUCUGAAAACGAGUUUGAUGCUGUGAUGCAUUUUGCAGCUGUUGCUUAUGUUGGUGAGAGUACAAUGGAUCCUCUUAGGUACUAUCAUAACAUUACUUCCAAUACAUUGAUGGUAUUAAAGGCAAUGGCAGAACAUGGUGUAAAGACAUUGAUCUAUUCCAGUACUUGUGCAACAUACGGUGAGCCCAAAAGGAUGCCGAUUACUGAAGCAACCCCUCAAGUCCCAAUCAACCCGUAUGGAAAAGCUAAGAAGAUGGCAGAAGAUAUGAUCAUCGACUUCUCAAAGAAUUCCGACAUGGCUGUUAUGGUCUUGAGAUAUUUCAAUGUGAUUGGAUCGGAUCCAGAGGGCAGACUAGGAGAAGCUCCACGGCCUGAACUGCGUGAGCAUGGCCGUAUAUCUGGUGCUUGUUUUGAUGCAGCUCUUGGGAUUAUUCCUGGGCUAAAGGUUAAAGGAACAGACUACAAAACAGCAGAUGGCACUUGUGUCCGGGACUAUAUCGAUGUCACUGACUUGGUUGAUGCUCAUGUAAAAGCUCUUGCCCAUGCAAAACCUAAGAAAGUUGGCAUCUACAAUGUUGGAACAGGAAAAGGUAGAUCAGUGAAGGAGUUCGUCGAAGCAUGCAAGAAGGCAACAGGGGUGGACAUAAAGGUCGAAUACCUUGACCGGCGACCCGGUGACUAUGCAGAAGUGUACAGUGAUCCUUCCAAGAUUCUCCGGGAGCUCAACUGGACAGCCCAAUACACUGAUCUCCAAAGGAGCUUGCAGACUGCGUGGAGGUGGCAAAAAUCUCACAGAAAUGGCUAUGGUACCCGAAUGUCUCUGCAUUCUUGAUGAUAUAGAGCCUGAUGUAGCAGACACCGGGCCGGGCGUGCAUACUUUUCCGGCUUGGAAGAGGGUUCUGAAAGUCUGCUAGUUCUUGUAGGGAAUGAAUCCAGUUGCAACAUUUUGUUAGGUAUGCAAAAACAGAGAAAAGUUCCAUGUCUGUUUGGGUGUAACAUUUCAGUUCUACCCCUUUGUUGUAUCUUCAACGUUUAGCUUCCUUAAGAUUGACUUACUUUGAGCUGUGGCUUGUUUGGCUUCUGGGAAAGUUGACCUGCCAUCCCGGACUUGGACUUUUUCUAAGCAUUUGUGCUUGCAUGAGAUGAAGCUAUUCCAAACAUAUAUGCCAUGGUUACUUCAUUCAA